AUGAGGUGGGAAAAGCUCCCUAUGAGGGGCGGCGGUAUGGGUGCAUCUCUUGUUGUCCUCGCUGCUUCCAUUUGCACCCGCGGCGGCAAAGCCGUCCUCUCCCGACUGUUUCGGGACAUGCCACGGUCCAGGAUCGAAGGCCUCUUGGCGUCUUUUCCCAAGCUGGCCGACAGCGGCACGCAGCACACCACUGUCGAGCAGGACAACGUUCGCUUUGUUUACCAGCCAUUGGACGAGCUGUACAUGGUUUUGAUCACCAACCUGCAGUCCAACAUCCUUCAGGAUAUCGAUUCGUUACACCUCUUCGCACAGGUGGUAUCGAGCGUGUGCAAGAGCCUCGACGAGCGCGAGAUCCUACGCAAUGCCUACGAGCUUCUGAGCGCCUUUGACGAGCUGGUGACCCUCGGUUACCGCGAAAACCUGACUCUCGGUCAAAUCAAGACAUUUCUGGAGAUGGAGAGUCAUGAGGAGCGCAUACAAGAAAUCAUCGCGCGUAACAAAGAACUCGAGGCUACAGAGGAGCGCAAACGAAAAGCCAAGCAGUUGGAACUGCAACGCAAGGAUACUGCACGACGAGGCGUUAGUAGUGCGCCUCGCACUCCUGUCUAUCCCACGUACAAUGCUCCGACACAGAACACGGCUACAGACUCGUACGACUCGUACGAGGCCGAGAAGAAAAAGGCCCGUCCGGCAGUGGCUCUCAAGGGCAAGGGGAUGCAACUGGGCAAGAAGUCGAAGACUACAGACAUGUUCGAGCGCGUCCGCGGCGACCUGGGGCCCGAGGCCGAGAUUCCCGUAGCCGCCGCCCCAGUAGCGACACCAGCAGCCGAUCUGGCGGCCUCUGGACAUCUGUCGACCGCAUUGGACCACGACGCCAUUCACAUCACCGUCAACGAGACAAUCAACGCAAAGUUGGCACGCGAGGGCAGUGUGACCUCGCUAGCCGUCACCGGCGAUCUCACCUUGCGCGUGUCGGAUGUCUCGCUCACCAAGAUCAAGCUUAACCUUGAUGCGCACCCAACACACGGCGCACAAUUCCGGACGCACCCCAAUGUCGACCGCAAUCUGUUCAAUGGGACCAAGGUGAUACAGAUGAGCAACACGGCCAAGGGCUUUCCUGUCAAUCAGGCCGUAGGCGUGCUGCGAUGGCGGGCGGCUCCGAAGACAGAGGACCCGUCAGCUCUUCCCAUCAGCUUCACCGUCUGGGUGAACAAGGGUGGUGACGGUAGCUCCACUUUGACGGUCGAGUAUGAGCUCACUGGCGGUGACCCACUCAAGGAUGUGAGCGUGGUCAUCCCGUACGCAAGCGCGGAACCCUCAAUCUCGAGCUUUGACGCCAAUUACGAGGUGUCCGGCGACUGCCUGGAAUGGUCGAUCGGCUCGGUGGAUGAGAGCAAUCCGAGCGGGACCUUUGAGUUCGAAGCGCAGACGGACGACGAGAACGACUUCUUUCCCAUGCACAUUCGUUUCUCCAAGUCGGCACCUUUUGUGGACGUUGACGUCACAUCGGUCGAGCUGCUGGAAAUGGGCGAAGAGGUCACAUUUUCCAAGGAAAUCAAGUCAGCGGCAGAUUCUUUCCUGAUUGAGUAG